AUGUUGCGGUGUUGUGGCCGAUUGCACGUUGCGUUGCUGCGGGGGCGGUGGGCCUCGGCUUUUUCACCGACAGGCGUUGCAGUGCGGCUGCAUGGCGCACCGACAGCCCCGCCAUGCGAGUGCCACGCCCAACGCCAUUGGGACUGCGGGACUAAACAGCCGCGAGUGUCCUUUGGAGCCAGCGGCACCUGCUGGCCGCAGUUGGGCGGUGCGAGUGGGAUGCUUUACCGCACGGGUGUUGUGAUGGCGCCUCGAAGCGGCAUCCCCGGCGAUGGUUCCGACGCUGCAACUCGCAGAAGAGUGGAGGGAACGCAGCAACCAAAGUGGACCAUGAGCAGCAGCGUAGAGGACAUUCUGCUGGGUGGAGACACGAACACCGACAUGAAGCUGAACGAUUUCCUUUGGAAUUAUGUUGGCCGCUUGGCGGCCGUUGAAGACCACAACGUGACGAUGAAGGUGUUUGUUCAGGAGCCGGAUGCUUACGUACAAGACCAGCAGCUUCUUAGAAUUAUUUUUAAUUUAACAGAGUACCAAGAGAUGAAAAGAGAGUUGGAUGAGAUGAAAAUUCUAUUGGAGGAUAUUACUAAGCUUCAUCACGAGGGUGUGUUUUCGAUUGAACAAUGGAGGGACUAUGACGGAAAGGAUACAGUCACUCCUCUUGCAAGGGGAAAACUAAACGCAGCCCUCACUCAGGUACUGACAGAAGAAAGGAGGAAGGCAGAAGAAAGGCUAAGACGAACGCAAGAAAUGAAAUUUACCAUUUCCACUACGAUCGAAGAAGUACUGUUUAAAAGAAAAGUUCGCGUCAAUGAAAUGAAGUUGAACGACUUUCUUACGAUGGAAUUGGGCGGCAGGGG